AUGCUUGGCCAUUUGAGCUGGGCUGUUGGAUCGCUGGUGGGUGAAGUCCUGGAACGAUGGCUGGCGCUCUUGCGAACGGCACCGCGACGCUAUACGGAUGGUAAGGGCCAAGUGCGGCAGCUGUCCUUCAAACAGGUCUUCCUCCGUUCCCGCGCCUUGGAAUUGGCCUUGGACGCUUCCGCGCGCAGCGCGGAGCUGCGUACGGCGCUGAGGACCUACGCCCUGGCGGUGCCGGCUAGGUGGCCAGAAAGCUGUCCUCCGCCCAUGGCAUUUGCUCGCGCGUUUGUGGCCCUACUGUGGUCCACCGUGGGUCCCACUGAGAAGUGGUUGCAGCUGCUAGGAACCUUGCUCAGCUCAGAACAGACACCGCACGUUGGCAACGAAGCUGAGGAGCCCUGUCAUACGUGGCUGGUGCAACUCAUUGCUGGUCAACGGCAGAACUGGAUGGUGUCGGAUGUGGUGGACCGUGAGGCUGAGAUCUUGGCCCUGGAGGAGAAAGCCAUAGAUGCUUUGAAGGAGGCUGAGGAUGGAGGUCAUUCCACAUUUUCAGAUGAGCUGCGACGACUCUCCACGCUCUCCUCUGCUGUGUCUGCAGUUGAGAGUAUGGCAGAACGUCGAUCUUCCUUGGCGGAAGAUGUGGAAAGAGCCAUCCUUGCCGAAAAGGAGCAAGAUGAACUCUACGAGAAGACAGUGGCAUCAGUGGCUACUUCUGCCAAAGCGUUAGCCAACUCGUUGAGUUCAGAUGCGGUGCAUGAGAAUGGUGUGUCGGAACGGGCGCAGCUCUGCUCCAAGAGCGAUUGCAUCAAGGAGCGUUUGUCGGAGCUGACACCGGAUAUGGAGCGCUUGAUACAGGAGAUAGGCGCAGCGGAGGAGGUGCAGAGCGAGCUGAUGCAACAGCUGAAGCAGAACAAGGCGGUCGCCGGGGCAGGGAAGAUUUGGGAAGACCUAUAUAAGAGGAACUUCUAUAGCUAA